CCAGGGCAAUGGGCGCGGGCGUGGCCACCAGCAGGGCGGAUACGGCAGCGGAGCCGGCGGUGGCGGAGGCAACCAGGAGUUCCAUAAGGGCAUGAUCAACGCGUGCUUUACCCAGCCGAUCACCUGCGCGCUCUCGUGCCUGCUGCCGUGCUUCAAGGCGCGGUCGCAUCGGCUGACCAUGCUCGACAACGACCUGUCGCGCUACAAGUGCUGCAACAACCGGUACCAGUGCAUCACCCGCCAUUGCGACGGCUGCGUCCAGGGCAACGAGGGCUGCUGCCUCUGGCUGGAGGCUUGCUGCUGCCACGAGUGCGCCAUCUACACCAACCGCUCGAUGAUCAUGCAGCGGUUCAACGUCCGCGACUCGGCGUGCGAUGCAUGCAUCCAGAUUUUCCUCUGCUUCUGCCAGAUCCUCAACUGCGUGCUGCAGUGCAGCGGCAACGGGUCGGACGAGCUCGAGACGUUUGUCGACGGCCUGUACUGUGCGGUGUACGCGUGCAUGAACAGCCAGCACGAGGCCGAGAUCGAGCACCGGCUCGGUGUGACCACCAAGGAGCCGGACGUGAUGGGCCGGAUGGGCCGCUAGUCUUGUCGCCGCUGGCUUUCUCCCCGAAAAUACACGCACACCUGCACACACGAACACAAACACACACACUCUCUCUC